AUGGUUAAAAUGAUAACUGAUUUAUUAGGUCAAUUAACGAUAACAGAUAAUGGUCUCGAACUUCUAUGCAAGGCUUUAAAAGACAAUAUUUUCGAUGAUAAUGAGUUUAUGGAAAUGAUUUGUGUUACAGCUGUUCGAGUAGAAGAUAAUAUACUUUUGGAUCAAUUGGCUGAUGUAUUAGCUCAAAUGGCAUUUGAAAAAAAAACGUUCGAAUUUAUACAAAAUAAAAUAUUAAAUGAUUCAUCCGCUGUUCAGUUUUUAAAGAAAUUUUUGUGGAAAAUCGGUAAACUAAUUGGGCAAAUUAAUGUGGACAAUUUUGAUCAGUCAUUUGCACCAUUUAUUCUACAUUAUGUUCGAUUAAGUACAAGUCUUUGUGAAUCAUAA